GCCGGGGCAGUGGUGGCUCACGUUUGCAGCCACUACUGUGGCACUGGGGUUAGGUACGGCUCCUUAGAGCUAUAAUGGUGGAGUUGCGGCUUACCACACAAUGCAGUGCAUUACUACUUACCCGGCUGCCCGGGGUCAUAUCACAGUCCAUCCCGCAUAUGGGAAGGAUGGAGCUGCCCUGUGUGGUCUAGAGCUCCUCCUUAUAACUGUGACCGGUAGGUGGCUCUUGUGCGACGGUCCCUGGCUGCAGUGUCCUUCCACUGACUGGAGCAGGAGAGUCACUGACCGUCAUGGCACAGCACCCGCUGCACAGUGCGGAGCCAGACCUCUACCGGGACACGUGGGUCCGGUACCUGGGCUAUGCCAAUGAAGUUGGUGAAUCAUUUCGUGCCCUGGUACCUAAAGCUCUUGUUUGGGCAACAUAUGGUGUAGCCACAGCCUAUGUAACUGCAGAUGCAGCAGAUAAAGGGCGCAAAGCAGCUCAGGCAAACACUGAUGGUCCAGGUCGGACAGCAGAUAUCACGGUGGCUGUGGUAGAUACCUUUGUGUGGCAAGCUCUUGCAUCUGUGGCCAUUCCUGGAUUUACCAUCAACCGGCUAUGUGCUGCUUCUCUUUACUUGAUGGGACGUGUCACCCGCUGGCCGCUCCCAGUACGCAAGUGGGCUACGACUGCAAUAGGACUCAGCGCUAUUCCUGUCAUUAUAACACCAAUAGACAGAUCAGUGGACUUGUUGCUGGACUCAAGCCUUCGGAAACUCUAUCAUACACAUGACAAGAAGCCGGCUGAGUCUCGGCCUACUUAAUGCAUCAUUGCUUCUGAAUAUCAAGAAUUAACCAGAGGAGGAUUUCAAGAUCAAGUGCCGCACUGGACAGGACUAUUCCUACUAUCCAGUUUCUGAACUAUGCAACAAUAAAGCCAACAGCCUAAUUAACUUAAUUGGUUGGGGUGAAGGGUCAGGGCUAAUGGACGUGGAAUAAAGAGGGUUUUCUAGGA